AUGUCAUACUCUAGCUCCAAUCCUGACUCCUCCUCAGACUGCAAGGGGAGGAGACUAGAUGCAGAACACCCUGAUCUUCGGAUUGUGCUGCUGGGGAAGACUGGAGUUGGGAAGAGCGCUACAGGAAACACCAUCUUGGGGAGAGAAGCAUUUGAGGCUGAACCAUCUGCUGAAUCAGUUACUAGAAUAUGUCAGAAACAUGUAGCUGAAGUCAAUGGGAGGCAGAUUACAGUGAUUGACACUCCAGGCUUGUUUAAUACUGAGCGCGGUAAUGAAGAGAUCCAGAGAGAACUCACUAACUGCAUUCCAUUGGUGCUACCAGGCCCACAUGUGUUCCUCUUGGUGAUAGCAGUGGGACGGUUUACUCCAGAGGAGAGACAAGCAGUAGACAUCAUUCAAAAUAUUUUUGGUGAAAACACCAUAAAGUACACAAUACUGCUCUUCACUAGAGGAGAUGAUCUGAAGAACAAGCCCAUUGACAAGUUCCUGGGAAAGCCUGGAUCUUUUCUCAUGAACCUCAUUGAACAAUGUGGUAAUAGAUACCAUGUGCUUAACAAUGACACUGGAGACCAUAUUCAGGUUUCUACUCUCUUGGAAAAAAUUGACAAUAUGGGGGCAAAGAAUGAUAGAGAAUAUUACACUAGUAGGAUAUUCCAGCAGGUGGAGAAGACAGUUGAAGAACAAAUAGAGAAGAGGUUUAAAGAGAGAGAUGAGGAGCUGAUCAAAGAAAAUGAAAAGCUGAGAAAUGCUAAAGAAUGUUUUCAGGCCAAAUUGAAAGAGCUGGAGAGAAAGAAUCAAGAACUUGAUGAAAGGGAAUUCAGUCCCGAGAUGAGACAAGAAAGAAAGAAAAGAGAUGAAGAGGAUCAGGAUUCUUAUGAAUGUUGUGAAAAACUUAAAAGAGAACUGGACAAAAUUAAGAAAGAGAAAAAAAAGCUGGAAUUCGACUAUAAAGUAGAGAGGGGGAUACUUGAACAAAAAAGACAAACUGAAGAGAGGAAAGAAGAAGCAGAGGAACAACUCAGAGCAGAAAUGAAAGAAAAGGAGGAGAGGGAGAGAAGAAUGACUGAGGAGAUGGCAAAAGACUGUUUGGUCAGACUUGACCUGGAAAGAAAAAUCAUGCACACAGAUGCCCUUACAAUAUCACCACACUCAGUGCAUCAUCAGGAAGCAGGUACAGAAAAAGAGAUCGGUAACAGGUUCCUACAAAUGCUUUUAACAGGAAAUUACUAUGCAAGAUACAUGACAGUGAGGAAGGAACCCCCUGUGUCAGCAGAUGCAAAACAGGUGGGAGAUCAGGGGAGUAGUGCUAGAGGAAAGUGGAGAAAACCAGCCCAGAUCCAUCCAAUGGAUGUCCAGAUGGCAGUGUUCUAUCGUGCAGAUCAUUUCCUGAAGCAACUCAUAGUGACUAAACUCUCCCAGUGUCAGUAUGCUCUGCCUCUGCUUGUGCCCAAUCCCCUGUCCAAAGAGAUCGAAUUUCCACUCUGGACAUUUCACCAAAUCAAGAAGAGCUGGAAGGCGACUAAAACGAAAGGUGAAGUUAUCAGCAAAAGUCAGUCAAUCUGUAAAGCAGAAACUCCAAUGGUGGCUUUCUUCAGGUUGGGCUCUGUGUCUUCAUCCAAGUCUCAGCUGAUGAACAGCCUGAUCAAUGAGAAGCACAACACAUUCUUCCACAGGAACAGUCCAGGCAGCAGCAGAAUCAGACUACUGAUGGAUGGAGUGGUGGAGAUUGCCUGGUAUUGCCCCUCUGGGAUCAGAGAUGAUGAAUUCACUGACUGUGUUGCUUUCUGCAAUCUCCAUGGUGAUGCUGGAACUAAUCAUGUGCAGAGGAACAUUCUAACUGACAUGGCCACAAUAAAUGUUGUUCUUUUACCUAAACUGGAUGGUAGUGCAAACAUAAUGAUGGCAGAGACAUCUUCCAAACCUCUGAUCUAUAUUGUCACUGAAGAUGAAGAUCCCCUUAUUAAGAUUGGGGAGGGCAAAUAUAAACUAGGAUUAAAGAACAGAAAUCAGUCAGAAGUAUCAGGCGAAAUAAGAGCAGUAAUCAGAGAGAAUAUGCAAACACACUCUCUGUCACUCUCUGUCUCUCACUGCUUCAAACUUGAGAAUGUUUCGCGUUACCCGGAGAUCAAAGUGGACACUGACAGUGAGGACUGCAGAAGAGGUCUGGAUGCUGCUCUCCAGAUAAUGCAGCUGCUGGAGGGGAAAGACUCAUCAACAGUGAAGGACACAUUUCUGCCCUGUCAGGGGAAACUGUGGCAUGACUGGGGUCAGUUAAACAAAGAGUUGCAUCGUCUCAGAGGAGAAAAUAUUGAAAUUGAUCAAAGCAAGAAACGGAUGGAAAUGAAAGCAAUCAGACAGAAGCAGAAGCAUAGAGGAUCUAGUGAGCUCAUGCAGCUGUUUAUUGGAACUCUAAAGUCACUGCCAAUCACUGAGAAACAGUAUUUCCUCAGGUGGAUUGGUAGUAAGUUGGAUGACUUCACUUCAGAAAAACUCCAUGCCAUCUAUCAGGAAUAUGACAAAAAAUGGGGUAGUGUCUUGGCUUUGAAAAAGACACAUGGAAAAUCAGAUUUACUGGACAUUGAACAAAAACAACUGGAAGAAGUAUCUGUCAGACUCAAUGGAGCAACCUUUGGCCUUGAGCACAUCUUCAGAGAAAUGGGUCAAGUUUAUGAAUCAUCUUGUGGCAAACAUGUAUGUGACCUUCCUAAAAUGGCUGCAGAGUUGAUGAUCUCUGGGCACCCAAUAGAGCUGAUGGAUGGAGAUGCUGCUCAUGUUCCUCUGAUCUGGGUUACUGCUGUUCUAGAUGAACUCAUCAAGAUAGUGGGAGAUCAGAGAGUAUUUGUGUUGUCCAUUUUGGGGAUCCAAAGCACUGGCAAAUCCACCAUGCUGAACGCCAUGUUUGGACUCCAGUUUGCAGUCAGUGCUGGCAGGUGCACCAGAGGAGCUUUCAUGCAGCUGGUCAGAGUGUCAGAGGAGAUGAAGGCAGAGCUGAGGGAAAAGCUGAAGGCAGAAAAGAAGGCAGACUUGACCGAGAGAGAGACAGAGAUGUUUGACUACAUUCUGGUUGUGGACACUGAGGGACUUCGAACUCUAGAACUGGCUGGGAAGGCCACAGUGCAUCAUGACAAUGAGCUUGCUACAUAUGUAGUUGGUCUUGGAAAUAUGACCUUGAUCAACAUCUUUGGAGAGAACCCUGCUGAAAUGCAGGACAUCCUUCAGACAGUUAUUCAGGCCUUCCUGAGGAUGAAGAAGGUCAGGCUGAAUCCCAGCUGCAUGUUUGUGCAUCAGAAUGUUUCAGAUGUCUCAGCUGGAGAGAUAAAUAUGGAUGGAAAGAGACGUUUGCAGGAGAAACUGGAUGAGAUGGCAAAGUUAGCUGCUGAUGAGGAAGCCUGUGAUGCAGAGUGUUUCAGUGAUGUCAUUGCCUUUGAUAUUCAGACUGAUGUGAAAUACUUUGCACAGUUGUGGGAGGGCAGCCCACCCAUGGCCCCACCAAACCCGCGCUAUGGUGAUAAUAUUCAAGAACUGAAGAAAAUAAUCCUCUCACAUGCCUCAAAGUCUAAAGUCAUGAAGUUGUCAGGUCUGAAAACUCGUGUUCAAGACCUCUGGGAAGCUCUACUUAAUGAAAACUUUGUUUUUAGUUUCAAAAAUUCACUGGAGAUUACAACAUACAGGAACCUGGAGACAGAAUAUGGAAAGUGGACCUGGAAAAUCCGGCGUGCCAUGCUAAGAAUUGCAAACAAGAUGACCAACGAAAUUGAAAGUGGACUGCUGCAUAAGGUUGAGGAAAACAGACUACAAACUCAACUACAAAAGACUAACAACGAAGUGGAAAAAUUAAUGGCCGAAUUCUUUGAGAAAAACAAUGAUGGGGAUAUCUUGAUCCAGUGGAAGGGUUCUUUUUACAUAAAAUUAAAGGAGCUUCAAAAGCAGAUAGUGAUAGAAACACAAGGGAAGUUAGAGGAGCUGCUUAACCAGAGAAAAAACCUUGAAACGAUUGAUAACGAGAGGAAACAAUAUGAUGUAGCACUCUUAAAGAAGAGCAGAGACAUUGCCUCAAUACUCAAAGAUAAGGCAAAUGAUGAUGAAACCCUGAAAAAAGAAUUUGAUACAGUUUGGAGUCAAUGGGUGGAUGAUAUCAAAAGAAAAGCAACUUCUGCUGAACAAAUUGACUUAUCAACAGAUGUGAGAAACAUUCUUGGCAAUGCUUACGAAGGUGCAUCUUUUGACCAAUGGGAAAAAAGCAGUGGGAGAAAAGAUAUUUCUUCAUUAUCAAAUUUUUCCGAUUACGUCACUUUCAGGAGGUCUCUCAAACAAUCAGGGUAUGACAACAAACUGACUCCAGUGGAGCAUAGCCAGAUAAGUCACUUUGUCAAUGACAUUGCAGAGAAAACAGAUCGCAUGAUUAAGUCAAAACCUGUUGCAAAGAUGGGAUACAAUAUCAGCUACAUUCAAGAGCUUACAGAUUACAUCGACUCAAGAGUAAAGGAAUAUGAAAAACAAGUACCCUUCAUGUUCACAAAGGAGUUCACCAGGGAUUUUUCAAUUGGUGUGUGUAAGAAAGCAAAGAAGACGUUCACAGGACUCCAUCAAAGAUUCAUGGAAAAUAAUGAUCCUGCUCUCUAUGUUCAGAGUAAGAAGGAAGAGUACUUCCACAUUUUUAAGAAAUAUUGCCAAGGAGCAACAUCAGCUAUGAUUCUUGGUGAAAUCAUCUGUCAGAAUCUCAAAAAACCCAUUCUCAUAAGUGUAUAUAAGGAGACUUCCUUGAAAGUGGUCGGUGAAUUGCAGAACAGCCUUGAAUCAUUAAGUGGGAACAGAGCUAACCUAGAAAAACAUAUUCUGAAGUCACUGGCAAAAAAAAAUAAAAUUAAAUCAUACUACACAUACAUUAAUAGCUACAAGACAUACGUUGAACUUUUUGUCAAAGAGGUAAUCGAUGUCUACAUUAAAGACAAUUUUAAGAACAUUGUUCUGCCACUGAUGGAAAAGCAGAUUGAUCUCAGGCACCAGAGCAUCAUAGAUGCAGGAAAGAACGCAACAAAGAUGAUCAAAGAUGACAGAGAUGUACGUGGGUGGCUGCAGUAUUUCACUCAGAGCCUCUCAGAGCAGAUGGUCGUUUCUGACGUCAGAGGUGCCAGUCUUGAUGAAGUUGACAACUUUGAUCUUCUUGAACAAGCUGUGACUAAAGAAAUUCCAAAAAUCAUUGCUGACGUAAGGAGCACAUUCAGCACAGACACUUUCCCAAAGAUGCUGGACUACAGUGACCGGCCUGAUGAGAUCCUGAUGAAGCACUUUGAGCAGUACUGCUGGGAGCAGUGUCCAUUCUGUGGGGCCCCCUGCGCCAACACAGUGGGAGGACACAAAGAAGAUCAUGUGGCUGUUUUUCAUCGGAACACUGGCAUGAAAGGAUGGCAUUACAGGGGUACAACACACUUGUGUAUUGGCUUCUGCACAUCUUCAGUGGCAAGUGAUGAUGGCUUUUACCCAUCACCCGACUCUGAUAGUACAAUACCAUGGAAAGAGUACAGAACAGCAGGAGGGAAAUAUGCAAACUGGAGCAUUACCCCUGAUUUAUCUGAGCUGCCAUACUGGAAGUGGUUUCUCUGCAAGUUUCAGAAAGACUUAGAAAAACGUUAUGGGAACACAUUUGAAGGGAUAAGUGAGAUUCCAGAUGAUUGGAGACAAUACACAAAAGAAGAUGCUGUAGAGAGUUUGAAUCAUUACUUCUAA